AUGCGCUUCCUCGUUGCAGACAGUCAUGGCAAGCUCUCACGGGUCGCGGCAACAAAAGACUGCAAUGCCAUGGUAAAAGAUGCGCCAUUACCCGAUAUAACCCUUCUCUCUGGUCCUACAGAUGGCAAGCAUGGCGUACGGAUACAACGGAUGUGCCUGAUUGAUGAAUUUGAAGGGUCUCGCUGUGUCGCUGUUGUUUCUGGCUCCUUUUGUGAUGAUACGGCAGGUAUUGAGAUUCUCAAAGUGGAGACGGGUGAGACGUGCCUGAAUCUGUCUCUCGAGCAUGACACUGUCGAAGGAAGUCGGAGUGAUCAUGGCAGAGCAAAACAAACAGAGCAUCAACGCGCACAGGGAGACGAAGAAGAAAGUUGUGUGGCUCUCGUUUAUGCAUUGGGCAUACUAUGCUUGUGCACAACUGCUGGUCGUUUAUGGGCAUUUGACUUGUCCUCCAAGGCACAGACUGUUCCACGAUUCAACUAUUCACUACCAGCGCCAAUUGGUGCAUUCUGCGCACAUCCACGUCUACCAGGACUCUUUGCUUUUGGUGGUAAAGAGAAUGAUCUGCAGGUUUGGAAGACAGAUGCACAAGAAGGCCACGCAUGGACAUCCAUGAAACCGUUUUGGAAGGCCAAGAAUGUCAAGAAUGAUCAUCUCGACUUGCGCGUCCCCGUAUGGAUUUCUGGGAUUGCGUUCUUGCCAUCACAGGCGGAAAGUCCUAAAGCUCUCAAACUCGUCACUAGCACGAUGUAUGGACAACUACGUGUCUAUACGACAGACAAAGCACGGAGACCUGUCCAUCAAGUAGAGCCUGGUGAAUAUGCGAUUCAAGCAAUGCUGCACGUCACAGAGGAUGAAGUGAUUGUUCGUGAUACGCACGCGAAUGUCAUGCAUGUAUCGCUUGCAAAUACCACCUCGCAUGCAAAAGUGCUGGGAACAUACAAGGGCUUUUCAUCGAGCGUGUCAUCAGUUGAUACGGCUGAUGGAUGGGUCGUUGCUGGCUCUUUGAAUGGUUAUGUGCGCGUGUAUGACCUUCAGAAACAUACUUGUCAGGCGACGGUCUAUCUAGACGAUAGCCGUAAGGUCGUACAAGUCUUGUUCCUGGAUCAUCUGGAAGUACAGGAAGUCAAGGAGGAGGAGGACGAGGAGGAAGAAGAUGUCUGGGAUGGCAUUGAAGAGGUGGAAUCGGAGCAACGACGGAAACGCGUCAAGCGGUAA